ACUGACACCAGCUACCGGGUACUGUCCAUCCAUGUUGCCUGCCUGCCUGUACAGUGAGUCCGAUGCCACACCCACCACCAUAACACACACAUACACACACAUGCACAUCGACAGUAGAAUGGCGGCGUGCUGAAUGGCCGUGGUAGGCCAUCCUCACACGCACAGACAGGAAUGGAGGCACGGAGCACGGAGCAUUUGAUUGUGUCCAUUGAGUCCAUUCCAUGGAUAUGGCAGUCGGUGAGCGAACGAGUGAGUCAGUCGGCCAUCGGCCGCCCGCGAGCGAUACAUGCUAUCCUCCGUCUGCACCCACCUCCCACCUGCACCCUCGCCUCACUCACUUGGGCUUGCUGCCUCUCUGCGUGCGCCCCUUGCCCUUCUUCUCUCCCUUGCCCCCCUCCAGCAAGACUAGCUCCAUCUUCAUCGUGUUAAUGAACCAUUUCUUGUUUCUCGUCAUGUCCAUAUACGCAUCGGCCGCACACACAGACGACACCACAUCGUAGGCCGACCCCACCUUCCAUUCUGCCUCCCGAAGAAAAGCCUCGAGUGCAUAGUCACACCUGAUGUAUCGGAUCGUGUCUGCGAGCGACUCUGUGCUGAGCUUCAGAUCAACUCUGGCUUGUGCUGGCUUGAUGGACAUGAGAAGAGACAGCACAGACCGAGCGCACCCCUUGCUGAUCCGAUGCUCAUUCAACACGCACAGCGACUUGACGGAGGGGUAGGCUAGGCCAGGCACGCGCAGCGAGUUGACGGGCACGUGGGAUGAAUCGGGCAGUCUGCCUGAGCCCCAAGACAGGCUGAUGCGCAACUCGUCUAGCUCACGCGUAUGCAGAUAUGACACACACUGCGACACGGUGCGAACGCUGUGUGCCUUAAACCACACCUGACGCACCCCCGCCAGGCUGCCCAGCAGCUGCUCCAGCCUCGCAGCCUCAGCACCGGUCGGCAUGGCGUUGUUCUGGGCACCGUCGUUGCCGGGAUGGGCACCGUAGAUUGAUGCGUUGAUGUAGAGGUGCUGGAUGGCCGGGAGGUGUGUGUUGUUGCCGUUCUGGUCCUUGGCCACCAGCCACUCCGGGAUGCUCUUGGGGAGCUGGCGGACGGGGGUGGUGUCGUCACUGGGGUGGAUGGAGAGCUUGGUGGCCGCGAGAAAUGUCAGCAGCUGCCCCCACGUGUCGUGCAGGGGAGCACCGCCGUACACAAACUUGACCUGCGAGAAGGAACGGAAAAACGAACGAAGAUGGCAGACGUGAGCCACGUUCUCAAGCGUUUGCUGCGUGUCUGCCUCUCUCCCUGCCCCUGCACUCCUCACUCACCGCAUCGCAUUUGUUCGUCAGGUCGGUGAUGAGUCGGCCUACGGGUCCGUGCGGGGCCGGAGCCGUCGUCUCCGGGCCCUCCUUGCCGCAGUCGAUGACGAUGUCGUCAUACUGCGGCGGGAAAUCCGUGUCGUCGAUGGAGCGCUCGAAUCGGUCAUCUCCUCUGCACAACACACACACAACAGCCUGUGCCCGUCUCGCCUGCGCUUCAUUUUCCCUGCAGGUCUCACUCACCGUGGCAUCCACACGAUUUGGCAUUUGGUCUCCUCGGCCCAGGUGAGGAGGUCAGGGAUGGCGAAGUUGUUGGGGCCGCUGCGGUCGGUCAGCUGGCGACUGAAGUCGGGGCCAAACGAGAAGCGAUGGUGAAUGGUGAUGGUCUUGUCCACACCUGCAUACCACAGAUGACACAUGCAGCAAAGAGUGCCUCCCUGUGUGGUGUUAAUCUGCCCAUCCCACCGACCAACCCACCUUUCAUGUAUUGGGUGCGCCAGUUGGUGUCGAGUGCCGUGGUGAGGCGGCCCAGCGGAUCGUAGAUGUACUCAACGCGACUGACACAAGACAGGAGGAAAAGGGACACAUUACUUCACGCCAUACAUGGAGCUUCCGGCCAGCUCACUCAGGUUCUCUGUAGUCCUUUUUGGGCGGAACGAGGUGGAGGCCGCUGAUGCUCGUGAGCUUGGGGCAGCCGCGCAGCGAACUGACAACGACACACACGCACACACAAAGAGGCGAGAAAAGAUGUGUGUGUGAACGAAAGCAGAGGCGCGCCAGUUUUUCACCUACCUUGUGAACGCCUGCCACUCGUCCCCCUCUGUGACAUGGAUGACGUCGGCCUUGAUGAAGGUGAUCUUCGGCGACGCUGACACGAUGUGGGUGACGGCCGGCAGGUGGGACACGCCGUAGACAAACAUCUCGUCACACACCUUGCCCACGCUCAGCACCUCCAGACUCGGAAACCUCCACUUGCGAUCCCUGACACGAAACACCAACACACACCACAACACACAUUUGCAUCUCUGCAGCCCCUCUCCCCCCCUUCUCCUUACUUGACUAGGUCUAGGUAUCGUGUGUGGGUGAGGUGUAACUGCUGGGUCUUCUCAAACACCACCCGCUCCUUACCCCCCUCAUCCACCCCCUCUCCCUCACCCUCACCGCCAUUGCCUGUCCCCCUGAUAUGGCCGUAUCGGUUGUCAUGGCACCGGCGCGCCGGGUCGUCCACACGGAUGCGCACGAGUGUGGCCUUGGACGCCUCGAUGGACUCCACUGCAGCCGGCAGCACAUCGUUGUAGCCGUCGGUCUCGAUGAACGCCGUCUUGAGCUUACUCUGACCCACACACAGAUACAGAAAACCAUCCAUCCAUGCCUAUCCUCCUCCCACCCAUCCGCCCACCCACCAGUCGUGUUUUGAGUGUGUCUGUGAGUUUGAUCUUCUUCCAGUAGUUGUACUCCUCGUUCGAGAUGGUGAGGUCACGGUAGAGGACGCCGUAUGUGGCGUCGGUGGUCUUCUUGUGCAGCUGCUGGCACACGAGCGACAGCGGCUUGCGCUGGAGGGUGGUGAGGAAGUCGCCGACCUCAUACACACACUCAGCCUCGAGGUGAGCCAAGCCAACGCCAACGACCUUAUCCUGACACAGCAACGAGAGAUCAUGUCCACAGCCCAGGCUGUUGUUUGUUGGUCCAUGGCUCGCUUACCGAUUUGUUUGCCAUGUCGACAUCCUCCUCGUCUGUCCGCGGCUGCUUCGCCUUCACAUUGGCCUCAACACGCGACAUCUGUGCAGAGAGAGGGGGAGGAACAGACCGAAUGGAUGAAUGGAUUGAUGAAAUGGAUGGAUGGAUGGAUGUGACGAGGAAUGCAUCCUAUCCCUCUCAGCGCACCUCAAAAAUGCACACGAGAGAUCCCGUUCGUGACACACCAAACAGCAGCAGCG